UGAACAAAGCAAAACCAAGCUCACUUUUCGUCUCUCACGGACAUAAAAGGGAAAGGAAAAUCCUCAUUUCACCGCAUGAACCAUAAAUUUCUCCUUCACUAAAGCAAAAGCCAAACAUAUGAUGGCGGUUCGCGCCGUCAACGGCGGUUCUUUGUUUCGUUCCGCCGCAUCACCUCCUCUCCUGGCGUUCUGGUGCGGUUUCCGCCACUUCAGCUCCUUACCAUUGCGCCGAAACUCCGAAUUAGGGCUUCGGUUUCCUAUUUUCUGUUGCGAGAAUCAGUUUCUAGGAUAUGGCGUCGGUCGUUCGUGUUCGGCUUAUAGUCUCGUCGAUUGCGUCAUGGAAGAGCUAGCGGCUUCGCGCCAACGCAGAAGAGUUCGCGCCAAUGUCAAGGUGAGGAUAACGAGUACUGGUGAGCUUCUUGAAGAUAAGCUUGUAAACCGAGAAUUGGAAAAGGGAUUGCUGCUGGAGUUUAAGAAGGAUUCGGAUAGGAUAUUGCUGGGAGUUGCUCAGAGACCUGAUGGCAAGAAGAAUUGGAUGGUGUACGAUCAGAAUGGUGUCACAUCAUCCAUCAAACCGCAACAAAUUACAUAUAUUGUUCCAGGUGUAGAAAAUUUUGAUCAGACAGAUAUCUCAAAAUUUCUCCAAAAUGCUGAGGAAAACUUGGACCCAUCAUUACUUGAGAUUGCUUGGGUUGAGCUUCUUGAAAAGAACAAGUCAGUGACAGCAGAAGAAUUAGCAGAGAUGAUUUUUGGUAGUGCGGAGCCUAUUGAGAGCUACUGUGCCCAUCUUUUGUUGUCAAAAGAUGAAGUAUACUUUGCUGUGCAGGAGACAAAAGGUUAUUGUUCCAUUUAUGGGCCUCGACCAACAAGACAGGUGGAAGAGCUUUUACACAAGAAGCUUGCCAAGGAGGCUGCUGAGAAAGAACUUCAGGACUUUGUACAAUUACUUGUGUCUGCUAAAGCAAAGCCUGCACAUGCUAAACCUCCCAAAUCUUUAUGGAUGAUGGAUGAGAAAAUCCGAAACAAAAUUGAGUCUCUUGAAGCAUAUGCCAUUGAUGAUUGCAAAAGUGAUGAACAAAAGAGAACUGCAGGAAUGAUCCUUAAGACAAUGGGACUUACAAAAUCAGUGUCCUCAGCACUAAACCUCCUCAUAAACAUUGGUUAUUUUCCUGUGCAUGUCAAUUUGGAUCUGUUAAAGUUCAACAUCCGUACGAACCAUUCUGACGAGAUUAUAGCUGCUGCAGAAAGUCUUUUGUUGGAGUCAUAUGACCCUGAUGAGGUGAACAGAAAGGAUCUUACUGAUUUGAAGGUUUAUGCUAUUGAUGUUGAUGAGGCUGAUGAGCUUGAUGAUGCCUUAAGUGCAACAAGGUUGCAAGAUGGCCGGAUUAGAGUCUGGAUACAUGUUGCAGAUCCGACCAGAUAUGUUCAGCCUGGGAGCAUGGUAGACAGGGAAGCAUUGAGAAGAGGAACCUCUGUUUUCUUGGCCACUGGCACUUAUCCUAUGUUUCCUGAGAAACUUGCCAUGGAGGGAAUGAGUUUGAAACAAGGAGAACUUUGCAAUGCUGUUAGCAUAUCUGUUGUCCUGCACUCUGAUGGCAGCAUUGCAGAGUAUUCAGUUCAAAACUCAAUUAUUAAACCAACUUAUAUGCUGACCUAUGAGAGUGCAACUGAGCUGCUUCAUUUGAACCUGGAAGAGGAGGCUGAAUUGAAGAUGCUAUCCGAGGCAGCCGCUCUAAGGUUAAAAUGGCGUCGCCACCAGGGUGCAAUUGAUACAUCAACUCUAGAAACACGCAUUAAAGUGGUUAACCCAGAGGAUCCAGUACCAUCAAUUAAUCUUUAUGUUGAAAACCAGGCAGAUCCUGCAAUGCGACUUGUUUCUGAGAUGAUGAUACUCUGUGGAGAAGUUGUAGCCACUUUUGGCUCUUGCAAUAACCUUCCUUUACCUUAUAGAGGACAGCCUCAGUCAAAUAUUGAUGUAUCUGCAUUUUCACAUCUUCCUGAAGGACCAGUUCGAAGCUCUGCCAUUGUUAGAAUAAUGCGUGCAGCUGAAAUUGAUUUCCGGAAGCCUAUUCGUCAUGGGGUUCUGGGAGUUCCUGGUUAUGUUCAGUUUACAUCUCCCAUCCGUAGAUAUUUGGAUCUUCUUGCUCAUUAUCAGGUGAAGGCAUUUCUUAGAGGUGAAUCUCCUCCUUUUUCAGCUGGUCAGCUAGAAGGGAUGGCAUCAAUAGUAAAUAUGCAAGUUAGAUUAGUAAGGAGGCUCUCCGGCAGCAGUCUCCGGCAUUGGAUAAUAGAGUUUCUCAGAAGGCAGCCAAGAGAGAAAAAAUUUCGAGCUUUGAUACUUAGAUUCAUCAAGGACAGGGUUGCAGCCCUGUUACUAGUUGAGGUAGGAUUUCAGGCAUCUGCAUGGGUAUCCAUAGGAGCACAGGUAGGAGAUGAAGUAGAAGUUCAAGUGGAAGAAGCUCAUCCACGUGAUGACGUUCUUUCGCUUAAGGAGGUUAUCAGAAACUGAAGUGAUUCUAUUUAAGGAACUUAGUAGCUAUCACCGUAGGGACAUUUUAUUAUCUCAACAUACAUGCUGUUUGUAUAACGUUUGCAGCUAAUUCAUUUAUUGGCAGAAGUUCCCUUAGCAAGAGGCAAUGCAUCCAAACUUGUGUAACUUCUGACAGUAAUCCCGAAUAGAUCACAUUCAGAUUGUUCAGAAGAUAUCUUUACAAGUGUCACCCGACUUUCAUAAGUUCCCUUACCAAUAUGCAUUCUGUUAUCAAUCUAUGUUCUUCGCGCAACAGCACUUCACAAUUUUGAAAUGGGGCAAGUGAAAAAUGUUGUAAAGAUAUAUGCUUCAUUAUUUAUUUGUAUGGCUAGUGGCAUCCGAGUUGUGGAGGUGUCGGUCAAUGUUUGGAUAAAGAUAGUAGAUCCUGCAUAAUUAGGGCUGUCCUGAUUGUAUCUCGAUAUAUUGUUUUUGGUUGAUUUAGCUAGCAACAUGAUUCAUUACUUAUCAGUAUCAUUUUGCUGAUCCCUAAGUAUCAGUCUAGCAAAAUGUAAGGAUAAAAGCACAUGUUGCACUUGAUAAUAUGUCAUGACAUGCCAUGUUUUUUCAUUUGGAGUUUGGAAAAGCAUGAUAUAUAUACUGACAAUGUAAUUUGCUA